AUGAGACGGUGCAGCUCAUACAGAAUCUCAGACUGUAGUGUCUCAAUAUGCCUCUCUGGAGGGGAGAAAGAACGAAGCAGAAUGUUCAUGCUGAAGAGAAGCUGUAACCCGUCCAGUUUGCCCAUGUCCUCUGUCUACAACUUGGGUCUAGAAAGAAGCUUUCUCGGUGACAAGUUGCCCGUCGAUUUGCUAUUUCAGCCGCCAUCCGUUUCUGGCGUUGCAAUCCACUGCUUUUGUGCAAUUCACACGAUAAGAUUGAACGAGAUGUUUUCUCCCAAUCCCCACCUCAAAGCCAGCAUAGUGUUGCUCUUCUGUCCUCCAUUACUUGGCAACUCUACAUGA